UAGACGAUUUGCUGAGUAAGCGAAGCGCAAGUAGCGUGCGAUUCAUAUAAAAACUACGUUGCAUUGAUUCAAGAUGGACGCAUCUGUAAUAUGGAACUUCCUGCUGGGCAAGCCUGUAGGGUUACUGUUGGGUAUUGCAUCGGUCUUCCUGUACGUGUACAUGACGAGAAAGCCAUCCGGGAUACCGCCAGGACCAGCAGGCUGGCCCGUGUUCGGAAACCUCCUUCGGUUAGGACGAAACCCGCACCUCACGUUGACGUCUAUGUCGCAGCAAUACGGAAACAUCUUUAGUGUUUACAUGGGCAACAUGCUCACCGUCGUAUUGAACGACUACGAUACCGUUAAAGAAGCUUUCUUAAAAAUGGGUGACGUCUUUUCGGGCAGGCCGGAUUUGUACGUUAUAAAAACAUCAUCAAGCGACCACAAUGGAGUGCACGGUUUAAUAUUAACCGAGGGUGCGCACUGGCGAGAACAGAGGAAGUUUGCUCUGGAGGCAUUACGUGAAUUCGGCAUGGGCAAGAUUUCGCUCGAGGGUAAAAUCCAAGAGGAGGUGCAGGCACUACUGCACGAAAUCGGAGAAAAAUCCGAUCAGGCGUUCGACAGCAAGCUGCUGAUGGGCAACGCAGUUUCCAACGUUAUCUGCAACAUCGUCUUCGGCAAUCGAUUCGACUACGACGACGCCGAAUUUCGAGAGAUGCUCGAGAGACUGAACAUUUCCGUGCGAAACUCGAGCGUGUCCGGCCUAAUUAACUUUAUGCCAUUCCUGCGAUUCGUGCCCGGGCUCGGCAGGGAGCUAAUGCAAGGGUUCGCCGCCCGCCGCGUGAAGUCUUUCGCCUACUUUCAGCGGCGCAUAGACGAACACAAGGCCACGCUGGACAGGGAGCACGUGCGGGACUUCAUCGAUGCAUAUCUUAAGCACAUCGAAGACGUCAAGACGGCAAAGCGUGGUGGCGAAACGUUUACAGAGACCGAGCUUAUAUUUGCCAUCGGAUCGCUGUUCGGCGCGGGAACGGAAACCACUGCGACAACUCUGCGAUGGGGCUUCGUCUACAUGAUAAACUACCCGGAUGUUCAGAGAAAAGUGCAGGCGGAAAUCGAUGCGGUGAUCGGCGAUGCCCGGUUGCCCUCUAUGAAGGAUAGACCGCUGCUACCGUACACCGAGGCCACUAUCAUGGAGAUACAGAGAUUAGGGCAGCUUGUUCCUCUCGGCGUACCUCAUGCCACGACCCGGGACGUGAGCCUCCGUGGAUACACCAUUCCCGCAAGAACCAUGAUUCUACCAAACCUAUGGGCGAUACAUCGCGACGCCAAGAACUUCCCAGACCCGACUGCCUUUAAACCGGAGCGAUAUCUGGACGCCGAUGGCAGUCUAAGCAGCAAACUGUGCGAACGUUUAAUGCCGUUCUCGAUAGGCUGGCGUGUGUGUCUCGGAGAGAUGCUUGCUAGAAUGGAGCUGCUGCUAUUCUUUACUGCUAUUUUACAACAAUUCCAUAUUCAAACACCAGAGGGCGAAUCGCCGCCACCACUGACAGGUGAAAUGGGUAUCGUUCACCAACCUACAGCCUACAGGCAACGAUUUAUACCGAGAAAAUAAGUGCGUGUCUAGCUAGACAAAUAAACCCUUGCAGUGGGAUCUCAUUCUUGCAAUCCGGUAUAUAAACUCAUACACUAAAAUGUCAUGCAUUGUACUAUACUCGCGUCAGGUACUACAGAGUAAAACUAUAGUACCAUAGUGCUGUAUUGAAAAAGCUGAUUUCAAAUGUUUACAUCAGACGCUAUCUGACACUAGUUGCGUUUUACCAAAGAUGUUCAUUAUUAAGCGCAUGUGGAAUAGGUUACUGUUGCCAAACCAUGACUUACAUACAAUAUCAACCUGUGGUCAAUGUUGUUAAAUAUAAUACCAAUAUCAUUACGCAUAAA